CGUAAAGCUUUCGUUCGAAUCGUUCGUCGGUUACAAUCGUUGAACGUGUUUAUACGUUUGUGUUUUAUUUAGUGUUCUGGUCAGUGUUUGUGAUUAAGAUCCAACUGAGAUACUUUCUUGAUUAUUUCCUAAAGGAUGACUUAACUACAGCAGAGACAGUCAUGCGGCGCGCGAUAUUGCUGCUGUUUGCGGCGCUGCUCGCCUCGGUCGCCGCUUGCCCGUGGGCUUGCUCCUGUCGCCCGAACGCUGCAGACUGCGCGCACCGAGCGCUGCUACAUGCGCCUCGACGACUGCCGACAGACGCUCAUCGCCUAGAUCUUCAAGGGAACAACAUCAGCAUAAUAUUCCAAAGUGACUUUCAGAAUCUGAAGGAAUUGAAAAUUUUGCAACUAUCAGAGAACCAGAUACACACAAUCGAGCGCGACGCAUUCCUCGAACUGAACGCCUUGGAACGAUUGAAACUGAGCAAUAAUCGACUGGGUCACUUGCCCGACGGUCUUUUUGUGAGAUUGAGACAUCUUCAGCGUUUGGACCUAAGCCGUAAUGAAUUAACGGCGAUCAGCAGACGUACGUUCAGAGGAUUGACUGCACUGAAGAGUCUCCAUCUCGAUGGUAACCAGCUUAAAUGUAUCGAUGAAAAAGCACUCGAACACUUGAAGAGCUUGGAAGUACUAACUUUGAACAACAAUAACCUAACCUACCUAUCACUGGAGGCUGCGUCUGUCGCACGCCUACACACGCUGCGACUCACCGAUAAUCCAAUCGUGUGCGACUGUCGUGUCGCACGUCUGUCCGCGUCGGUUCGUGCCGCUGGUAUCCUUGGUGUUGGGGCAAGAUGUCAAGCGCCUGCAACUUUGAGAGGCGCAUUACUAACAGAAUUGGAGGCUCACGAACUCAUAUGCAAUGGUCCGUCUACAACAAUUAUAGCCGAGUGUUCAGCAGAACCACGUUGCCCACCACCAUGCCGCUGCUCCCCCGAUGGUACCGUCGACUGCAGAGAGAAACUCCUUACAGAGCUACCAUCUACCAUCCCUCAUAGGGCUACAGAGAUUCGCCUAGAACAGAACGAGAUAACAGAAGUGGGUGCGGGAGCAUUCUCAGCCGUCAAGCGAGUGGCGCGAAUAGACCUGUCAAACAAUAAAAUAGUCAAGAUGGCCGCUGAUGCGUUCAAUGGCUUGACACAUUUGACAUCUCUGGUCUUAUAUGGCAACAAGAUAAAGGAAUUACCAUCGGGUAUAUUCCAUGGUUUAACUUCAUUACAACUUUUGUUGUUGAACUCAAACGAAAUUAGCUGCGUUCGAAAAGACACUUUCAGAGAUCUUCAGAGCUUAAAAUUAUUAUCUUUGUACGACAAUAACAUUAGAUCUGUACCAAACGGUACGUUUGACUCAUUGACUGGGAUUCAAACUCUUCACUUAGGUCGGAAUCCCUUCGCUUGCGACUGUUCUCUGCGCUGGUUGGCCGCGUACUUGCGCAAGAACCCUAUAGAGACCUCAGGAGCGAAGUGCGAUUCGCCCAAACGUAUGAACAGAAAACGAAUUGACGCCCUCAGAGAGGAAAACUUUAAAUGUAAACCGGGCGAGGAGACGGCAGAGAGCUGCGGAGACGAGCCGCCGUGCCCCGCCGUGUGCGCGUGCGCGCGGGCGGUGGGCGCGCGCGGCGUGCGCGUGUCGUGCGCGCGCGCCGCGCUGGCGGAGCUGCCGCGCGACCUGCCGGUCUCCACGCACGCGCUCAUCAUGCCAGACAACAACUUGGGACAGAUCAAGUCAGAUGGUCUAUUUGGGAGACUGCCGGAUCUUACUAAACUAGACUUCCGUAAUAAUGGUAUUACGAUUAUAGAAGACAAUGCAUUUGACGGCGCUGCAUCAAUACAAGAACUACUACUUGAUGGGAAUCUCCUUCACACAGUCACGGACAAAAUGUUCUUUGGACUUCACAGCCUAAAUGUUUUGUCACUAGCAGACAAUAAGAUAACAUGCAUCACGCCAGGUUCAUUCGAUCACCUCAGUUCUCUUUCUACAUUAUCAUUGGGCGGGAAUCCAGUCCAAUGCACGUGUCAUAUGAGUUGGGUGGGCGGUUGGCUACGAGCACGCCGCCUAACCGCGGGAGCCACGUGUGCUCAUCCGCCCGCCCUACGUGGCGCAGAUUUGGUACACCUCGAGCUGGCAGACUUUAAGUGCACACCGGAGGAUAAGGGCUGCUUGCCGCCGGAAUACUGCCCUGCGGGCUGCGCAUGCGCAGGCACUGUAGUCCGCUGUACCAGGGCUCGCCUCGCCGCCCUGCCACCGCGCAUCCCGCCCUACACCACCGAACUGUAUUUGGAAUCGAAUGAAAUAACAAGCAUAUCCUCGGAAGAAAUCCGUCACCUCACACAACUGACUCGGCUCGAUUUGUCCAACAACAAAAUCAGCGUUUUGUCCAACGACACAUUUGAAGGACUCACUAAGCUUUCGACACUCAUUGUCAGCUACAAUCGACUGAGAUGCGUACAGCGCGACGCCUUAAAAGGUCUGACACAGCUGCGCGUCCUUUCUCUUCACGGGAACAAUAUCUCGAUGCUGGCGGACGGUGUCUUCAGAGAUUUGGAGUCCAUAUCUCAUGUUGCACUAGGCUCAAACCCACUAUACUGCGACUGCUCGGCACGCUGGUUGAGCGAGUGGGUGAAAGUGGCUGGCGAGUAUGUGGAGGCGGGCAUCGCGCGCUGUGCGGACCCUCCGCCCAUGAGGGACAAGCUGGUGCUCAGUACCAGCUCCAGCGCCUUUGUCUGCAAGGGCGACCCCCCCGCGGACGUGGUGGCGAAGUGCGACCGCUGCUACCGCAACCCGUGCCUCAACCGCGGCGCGUGCUCGGCCACGGCGGGCGGCGGCUACACGUGCCAGUGCGCGCGCGGCUUCCACGGGGACACGUGCCAGCACCAGAUCGACGCGUGCUACGGCUCGCCCUGCGCGCACGGGGCCUGCCGCCUGCUGGAGGAGGGCCGCUUCCACUGUUCCUGCCACGCCGGUUACACGGGAGUGCGAUGUGAAGUGAACAUUGAUGACUGCGUCGCCCACAGCUGUCAGAACAACGCCACGUGUGUGGAUCAUCUCGAGGGGUACACUUGCAAGUGUGCUCCAGGUUUUAUGGGUGAAUUCUGCGAGAAGAAGAUACCGUUCUGCACUCCAGAGUUCAAUCCGUGUGCAAACGGUGCCACUUGCGUGGACCACACAAGCCACUACACCUGCUCCUGCCCCAAGGGCUACUCGGGACAGAACUGCACCAUCAACGUUGAUGAUUGCAUCAAUCAUAUGUGCCAAAACGGAGCAACCUGCGUGGACGGCCUGGACGAGUACCGCUGCUCGUGCGCGGUGGGGUACGCCGGCCGCUACUGCGAGGCGGCGCCCCACGCGGCGCUGGGGACCUCCCCCUGCGCGCACCACGACUGCGUGCACGGCGUGUGCUACCUGCCCGCGCUCGCGCUGCACGAUGACAUCAUGAUGGAGCGGCCGCUGCUGGCGCCGCCCGCGGACUACCUGUGCAAGUGCGCGCCCGGGUACUCCGGUCGUCUGUGCGAGUACCUCACAUCACUUACAUUCAGCUACAAUGACUCUCUGGUCGAACUGGAACCGCUUCGUACUGUCCCCCAAGCCAAUGUGACUCUUGUGUUCAGCACCAAACAACUCCACGGCGUCUUGAUGUACUUUGGAGACAGCGAACAUUUAGCUGUGGAGUUGUUCAAUGGCAGAAUACGCAUCAGCUAUGACGUUGGGAACCACCCCACUUCUACUAUGUACAGCUUUGAAAUGGUCUCCGACGGUAACUACCACAAGGCUGAAUUGAUCGCGAUCAAGAAAAAUUUCACUCUUCGAGUCGACGACGGGCCCGCACGGUCUAUCAUCAAUGAGGGCAGUAAAGAAUUUCUCCGUCUCGAGACGCCCAUGUUCCUGGGCGGAGUUCCAGAGGAUGUCGCCAAAAAUGCAUUUAGUAAAUGGCACUUAAGGAAUAUUACUAGCUUUAAAGGGUGCCUGAAGGAAGCAUGGAUCAACCACAAACGCGUAGACUUUGUGAACGCGGCGCGGAGUGUGCGCACGCGCGCCGGCUGCGGCGGAGACGAGCCCGCCGCGCCGGCGAGACCGCAUGCGUUGCAGGAGGACGGCGCCCACGAGCCGGACCCGUGCGUGCCCAACCCGUGCGCGCGCGGCGGGCGCUGCGUGCGCGAGGCGGGCUCGCGCUCCGACUACACGUGCCGCUGCCGCGCCGGCACGGCGGGCGCGCAGUGCGAGCUGCGCACCUCCGUCGGUGGAGCGCCCGUUAUCACGCAAGUCAAGCUGCCGCCACGUAAGCAAGUCGUCAGCAACGUACAAGCAUCGCCAGCGGCGCCCGCACAGAAGCAAUAUCCCGAAGAAGCGCCCGCACAACCAGCGCCCUCUACUGGGGCUUGCCGAAAGGAGGCUACUCGUGAAUUCAUAACCGAAGGCUCGUGCAGAAGCCGGCGGCCGGUGCGCGGGGCCCGCUGUACUACAAAGGGCCCCGGGGGCGCGGGGGCCUGCGGGAGGGCCCUCUGCUGUGCCCCCAGGAAGACUAAGAAGAGAAAGAUUCGCCUAGUCUGCGCCGACGGCACGAGAUACACCAAAGAUAUAGAAAUAGUACGAAAAUGCUCCUGUGGGAAGAAGUGCCCUAGGAACUCGGCCUUCAUACACUAAACGUACAUUUUAAUAUAAUUUACAUAACAAUAAAA